AUGGCACCGUACCCAGCGCAGCCCAUCAAAGGGAGAGAGCGAUACCGCGUGAUGAUGGAUAUCCGCAAGCUCGAUGCCCAUAAUUGGCUUACUCUCGACAAGAACUAUAUGGACGAACACCGGGUGCGGACCCAAUUGCUUCACGAGAAAAGAGAAGAGGUCCUACGCUGUUUGCCGGAGUCAAUUGAGCCGUGCCAGGAGGCAUUGGAGGAAGUUUCAGACUUUCUCUGUGAGAGAUUUCCUAAUACGUUCGGAAUGACAAUCCAAGACGGCCGUAAGACUGUCAACAAUCGUAUGACUGGCGACAAAUUUACUGUCAGUGGGCGCGACACCAACGAGGGAUCAACAGAGGCACUCGAAGCUGCUGUCCGUCUUACGAUGGAAGAUCUCAGCAUCUUGAUGAUGAACGAAGAAGGAGAAUUCUACCUGGCCGCUAGCGCCAGCCUCUUUCCAACGGGGUGGACAGUGAACCAGAGAAUUGGCUGGACCAUCUCUCAACUGCAUGGCCCGGUGCCAUUAUGGCAUCAACAAGUUGCCAACUCUGUCAGCAAAUUUCUCGCCCGUUUAACCCCAGCCUCUCCAAUGGAGCGCUCAAACUACUUCGUAGAAGUCAAGGAGCCAAAUGAGAACCUGACCGAGAUCCUCUAUCGGCCCAAUUCGCUCUGCGAGAAAAAGUUGAGCAGCCCAUUGCCUUCAGAUAUCCUGAUCCGCCGCGAGAGACAGACUUUCCGUCGACUGCCGCGGACAGGGGCGAUUGUCUUCGGUGUCAAGACCUAUCUCACGCCGAUGGAUGAGCUCCCAAUGGCCGAGCUGGAUAAUCUGGCCAAGGAGAUGAAGAGCUGGCCUGAUUGUGUGAGUGAGUAUAAGGGGAGGGAUGUUUGGGGGGCUAAGGUCUUGGAAUACCAUCGGAAACGGGUUGGUGAGAGUUGA